AUGGAUGGCAAACUACAGGAAAGAACCUGGCAAGGCAAGGUUAUUUUCACCCAGAGUCAAAAGGAUAUCCUUCUAAGACGGUUUAAACAAAACCCCUACCUUGAUACAGCUACUAAGGAACAGUUGGCCAGAGAGAUUGGCGUUCCGGAGAAAAAGAUUCGGACUUGGUUUAAAAACCAUAGAACAAAACUGAGAACAUUGGGAACUAAACCGUCCUCAGGAAAAGACCACACCCAGGAGCAGCACCAGCAUCAGCCUAGGACUCAAGAAGCCACCAGAAAAGAACAGACAUCCAUCACAAGCUCUCAAUCAAACAUACUAGUUCAAGCUUUUGACAGAAACCGAUUACCUAAUACUGCAACCAGGAAAAUAUUGGCUGAACAAACAGGCAUUCAGGAAUCAAGAAUUCAAGUGUGGUUUCAGAACCAAAGAUCUCCAUACUCAGGGCAGAGCAGAAGCAAGCCUGUGAAUUCCUUGGUAGAGGGCCCAAGUGGGACACCGGAUCUGAUAGUUCAGCAGCACCAAACCAAUCUGACCCUGGUCCCAUGCUGGUCUCUUCCUUCCUCCAAUGUUUUCAGCAAUAACCAAACAUUUCUACCUGCUCUACCCCUGUCCCAUGUGUCUUCUGUCCCUUCUGUGAACCAAGGACCAAGUGUGGUGAUGGUGCAGCCCAUGCAGGCUGGGCAGGGAGGAGAGAACCCUCCCUCUACUUGGACACUUACAAACCUGCCAAUACCGCUGACAACAGGAGGGAGCCUCUCCAGUGCUCACAAUCCUUUCCAGCUCCAAAACCAAGAAAAAUGCCAGAAUCACAAAGAACAGACUGCCACAGGAGUACUACAGUUGCAGGACAAUUCUCAGCCUCAUCCUGACCACAGAAUACACCAAUCACAGGAUCUGGAUCAGAUGGACAUCUCUUCCAUUGUGCAAUGGUACGAUGAGUGGUGCCAGGCUGUGAUUGCAGAAUGGGACCCUGGGGAAGGAACACAGAGCCACACAACACACAGCUCAGCUCGAGACCCAUCUCGUUCCUUCGGCUAA